GGGCGGGCGUCAGCCCCGGGCGCCACACCUCGGCGCCUGAAUGAGCCCCGCGGCGCUGCCCAUGCCGCUGCCUGCGCCUCCCCUGCCGCCUGCGCCGCCCCGCCGGGCGCGGGGGCUGCUCUCCAUCCUGGGCCUGGCCCUCGGGAAGCCGCUGUGGAUGUAGUAUUACUUCUUCCUCCUCCUCCUGCUCGGGGCGGCCCCCCGCGCCGCACCGCACCGCACCGCACCGCACAGCGGGGGUCUGGUCUGCCCGCGCACCCCGGCCAGCGGGACGUCUGGGAUGCUGGCUGGGUCUUCCUGAGAGAGGAGCGGAUUUCGGGUCGGGGCGGUCUCCUGUGGGUUUCGCCCCCGGUGCCUGGGCUGCGCCUUCACUCGCCGGCGGUCCGCAGCCUCCGCACAGGGUGGUUCAGCACCCGCCCGGGGAGGGGAGAAAGAAAAGGAUGAACAAGAGCGCACCUGGUCUUUUUUCUUUCAACUGCACGUGCUUCGGCAUCGAGGAGGAAAUGGGUCUGAAGUAAAUUGUCUCGUGGAUGCUAAGGGUGCGCCUGGGAAUAAAACCCUCGCAGCCUCGUCGUGCUUAUUUGUACCGGGCGUCGCAAACUGAGAAGAGGAAAGUACCUCUGCGAGCUCCCCGCUCGGUCAUGAAUGAAGCCGCAUCCAAUGCAAUAACUGGAUUAUAAUUGCUGUUGUUGUUGUUGUGAUUCAUAUUACUGGCUGCUUUACUUUUGGGGGUUCGCCCUGCUCCUCCUCUUCCUCCUCCUCACUGGUUCCCUGUCGGGAAGUAUGGCUAAUCCUGGGAGAAGAAGCUAUGAUAACCGGGAGAUAGUGCUGAAGUACAUCCAUUACAAACUGUCACAGAGGGGAUAUGACUGGGCUGCCCACCAAGACAGAGCACGGGGUUCUCCGAGUCUCUCUCCUGCUGUUGCUGCUGCUGGGACUUCCUCUGACCAUGCUGGGCCGGUGUCUCUGCAUCCUGAGCCUGCUGGCUCAGCUGCUGCUAGUAACGUGCCUCCUGGUAAUGAGCCGGGCCCAGCCCCACAGGCUGUCCACCUGACCCUGCGCCAAGCUGGAGAUGAUUUCUCCCGCCGCUACCACAGUGACUUUGCCCAGAUGUCUGGCCAGCUGCACUUGACCCCUUUCACAGCCAGGGGGCGCUUUGUGGCGGUAGUGGAGGAGCUGUUCCGAGACGGAGUGAACUGGGGGAGAAUUGUGGCCUUCUUUGAGUUCGGUGGCGUGAUGUGCGUGGAGAGUGUCAACCGGGAGAUGUCACCCCUCGUGGACAACAUUGCAACAUGGAUGACGGAGUACCUGAACAGGCACCUCCAGAACUGGAUCCAGGACAAUGGAGGCUGGGCUGAGAGUUUCCUUGUUCUGUCAUACACACAGUGUUGGGGCUCGAGAAUGCCUGUGGACUGCCACACUGUUUAGGGUAAGAUUUUGGAGAAUUGUACUGUGUUUGUAUUCGAUUUCCAAAAUUAAAAUGUCAAGAACAGUGAUUUGGACAAUGGCCUGUGAACUGAAACUUGGUGGGAAGAAGAGGUCAUCUUAUCUUGGAAAUUAUAAAUAUGGUAUAAACAUUUCACCAACGGACAUUCAAAUGAACCUGAAGGACAAUCUUCCAAGAAGAUAUUUCUCUACACACACUCCUUUUUUUUUUUUUUUUUUUUUUAAUAGGACAGCUGUUUGCACUGAGCAUAAAGAGGCAGCAAGGAGCAGAAUUUGUUGGAUAAUAUAUUUUAGUACACCAACUCUAUAGUUGGGAAAGAUGUUCUGCAAGCUUUCAAGCACAAAAUGCCCAAAGCUUAUCUAACAGCUCUCCCAACUAUAUAAAAGAUAAUACCAAACAAAUCUUGCUUCUUGCAUAUUCCCUGGACCAUCAUAGACACAAAGACAGUAGGUAAGGGACCAGAGCAAUUAGAUUUUCUGUCUAGGAAAUCAGGAGCUAGAUCUGACAAGGGACUCAUGACUUGAGUGCUGGGGAUGUUAGGUGCAGUAUCUCUUCACAUACUACCUCCUAAACCAAAAGCAGUGCAACAACAUGGCUGUUUAACCCUGUAAGUAACAGACUCACCUGCGAGAGGAGCACCUGGGCUCUGUUUCCUAUGCCAAGGAUUGUUUAUCCAUUUUACAUGAAACUUAUACUGGAUAAACUUGAUAAUCUAUGGAGCAGGGUCUUCCCUCUCAGAGGUAAACACACACCCAUCCCUGGGCUGGAGUUGUGUUUCUGCUUGGUCUUUGUCUUUGGCUGAGAAGCUUGCAUUCAUUUUGCUAAGUGGCAGAAUUUCAGAAGGAGAUGUAGCAAAUUGCCACCCCUUAUUCUACACCCCAGAACAGCUUAUAGUCUGGCAGUUACUAGGGCACUGUCCUGGGAGGGGAGAGUUGUGGUUUGAUGAUGGCAUCAAACUGAAGUCUUCUAUAUUCUGGAUGAGUGCACUAACCACUCCACUGAGCUGUUGCAUAAAGAAAAAAAGCCUUGCCCUCUUCCAGCUGUGGGCUUAGAGCACAUCUGUCAGAUUGUGUCCUCUGGAGAGCUAUGUGAAGGGGACCCCUAUUUCAAGAACAUCUAGAAAUAGGGACCAGAUUAGGUAACCCUACCAAGGUAGCAGUUGUUUUGGGCAUGCACAGAAGCACAGCUCUGGGCACCUUGGAAAAUGUAUUGUAAGAAAUGUACAGAGGUAUGGGUUCAUAUCCCCCUCCUGACAUGUAGUGAUCACCAAGUUCAGUAAAACCCAAUCAGACAUGAGCAAGAGGAAUCAUACAAUAACUUUUAUUGUGGAGCAGUAGACAAGUCUCUGCAGACUUUUUGUCUCUCUUUAACUAACUAGCUACUCCCUCACUCAAGAACCAUCUCCCAAUUCCUGACGUCUUCAGUCUCCUAUGUUAGGGAGCAUCUGUAAAUUAACUUCUAUCACUACAGGCAUCUAAGACAUUGGAGCUGCUGAGCUGAGGAUCACAUCUAAAGUUUGUCCAAGUUCUUUUGCUGCCUGGAACUUAUGACUUACUCCAUGGUCCACUGAAAUCACUGUAGACUACAGUUCAAGCCCUGAUUUUAUGUUGUAUGUGUAUUCUAGUAAUAAAAAUGUAAG